AUGACCGUCGUCGCCAUCUUGGCCGUAGACUUUACCCUCUUUCCUCGACGUUUGGGCAAGACGGAGACGUACGGUGUGUCCCUCAUGGACGUCGGCGCCGGUUCGUUCGUAUUUUCUUCGAGCGUCGUCUCGCGAUUCGCUCGAGGCAAGGAAAAGCGAAACUUGCGCGCGAGUCGGCGUAAAGUGAUGCAAGUCAUGCUGUUGGGUUUAGCCAGGCUUGCGAUCACGACCAUGAUCGGGUAUCACUCCGUCGAGACCGAGUACGGACGGCACUGGAAUUUCUUCUUCACUCUCGCCGUCAUUCAAGUGUGUGCGGACACGCUUCCAAUCGCAGCGCACAGGGCGUUGCCCUUCGGUUUAUUGAUUUCGUUCGCGUAUCAGUACGUGUUAUCCUGUCACGGCUUGAGCGCUUGGAUCCUGCAAGCCCCCGAUGUGCGAUCGCACGAGUCCGAGACGAAUGUCCUGACAAGGUUCGUCUCGAUGAACCGAGAAGGCGUCUCGAGCGCGUGCGGUGGGUACUUUGCGAUCCAUCUCAUAGCGGCGCAUCUCGGCAACGCGCUCUCGAAACCGGUGUUGAACUUUUCAAGGUGGCUACAAACGAUGGCGAUCGUGACCUGUGCUUUUUGGUUUGCGGCCAUCGCAUCUCACGCGUAUGUCGAACCAACAUCAAGGCGCGCUGGGAACGCAGCGUACGUGCUCUGGAUCGUCGCCUUCAAUCUGCAAGUCAUCAUUGUUUAUGUUUGUAUGACGUGGUUUGCGCGAAGCGCGAACGGACGGGGGAAGUGCGACAUUCCGGUAUUGGCGAGCGCGAUCAAUCGUCGACAACUUUUCGUGUUCGUCGUCGGAAACGCUCUGACUGGGCUGACGAAUUUGGCAGUGGACACGAUAAAUGCCGACGCUAACACGGCUUGGGGAGUGAUGUCGCUGUACUUGUCGGCGAUUAGCAUAGUUGCGCUCGCGAUGGAUCGUAGAAAAUGA